GAUCAUCCCAACAGCAUUACCUCACGUUUGCUGCCCCGCGAAAACGACCUAACAGUGUUAGCCGAAAUACCAAGGCUGUUUUCGUUGAUUAUAGUGGGAUUUUUUAACUCUUGGGUUUCUGAAAGGUCAUGAGGCCCUCACAGGUUCUCCUGUGCCUCGCUGCAGGCGUGUGUCUUGCCACCCUCGCGAACUGUUCUCCCGCGUUACGCAAGCCCCAGUUAAAGAAGCGAUCUUUCUAUGGCCAGCAAUAUGGACAACAAUAUGGCCAGCCAGAACAGACAGACCAAGAAAGGAUGGAGGCGUAUUGGAACCAACAGCUUCCUCUUGGAUUCUUCGUCAAUAACGGCGUGAUGGGACCCCCUGGGCCUCCUGGUCCCCCCGGCCCAGUCGUGGUUGGAAGCGGUAGCGGAGCGGGUGCGGUGAUUGCAGGACCACCCGGGCCACCCGGGCCUCCUGGACCCCCUGGGCCUCCUGGCGGCGUAUAUUCCUCGGGACCCCAAAACAGUAUCACGUGCCAGGGCGAGAAGCAGUGGCUUCAGUGCCCACCCUAUCAGCUCAUCCGAGUCAACAAUGCAUUCUGGGGCCGUGACGACCCCACCACGUGCACACGUAGUGGUAUUCAGCAUGGACUUAUCACCGACAGGAACUGCCCACAGGACGAGCAGAACACGCUAGCUAAGGUAGGCGAUUUUUACGAUAAUACGCUAGCUCAGGUAGGCGACUCUUACGAUAAUACGCUAGCUAAGACAGGCGACCUCUAGUACGCUAGCUAAGGU